GCACGCGUGGUGUACAUUUCCUGUCAUUUUAGAGAUUGCAUUGUCACAGGGAUACAUGAUACUAGACUACCAUACAUACCUCACUACGCAGUACAAUAACUCACCAUUUGGUUUCCAGUUGUGAUGUCUGUACCACAUAUACUCUGUGAACUCGUGUUUGUUGUUCAAUAAAACCCACAGCCUUAUGGUCAGUGCACUGCACACGUUCAUUGCAAUGUUGUUGUGCUGCCGCUCUGGUUCUGGCACCGUCAUGGUCACUACGGCCUCCGGCCGUUCUUUGCCUAGGCCAUGGACGUCACCUCAUCAGCGGCCUGCGCUGUUGAGUGCGAGGAGGUGGCGUUGCUCAGCGGCGACGGGGGAGGCGGAGGCCAAGGAGAAGAAGACGGCGAUGGUUCAGAGCAAGGCUGGGGACGCGCUGGAGGUGUGCCGGGUGGUGAACGGGAUGUGGCAGGUGAGCGGUGCGUCAUGGGGCCGCGCGGCGCCGGCGGCCGCCGUGGACGCCAUGCUCGCCUACGCCGACGGCGGGCUCGCCACGUUCGACAUGGCCGACAUAUAUGGACCGGCGGAGGAUCUGUACGGCAUGUUCAUCAACAGGGUUCGGCGCGAGCGCCCGCCCGAGAUGCUCGAAGAAGUCAAGGGGCUCACAAAGUGGGUGCCGCCGCCGGUUAAGAUGACGAGAAGCUAUGUCGAGGAGAACAUAAACAGGUCUCGCAAGAGGAUGGACGUCGCUGCACUGGACAUGUUGCAGUUCCACUGGUGGGACUACUCAAAUCCUGGAUACCUAGAUGCACUGAAGCACAUGACAGACCUAAAAGAGGAAGGCAAGAUAAAGACUGUAGCUCUGACAAACUUUGAUACGGAGAGGCUGCAAAUAAUUCUUGAAAAUGGCAUACCGAUUGUCAGCAACCAGGUUCAGCAUUCCAUCGUCGACAUGCGCCCGCAGAAAAAAAUGGCAGAGCUUUGCCAGCUUACCGGAGUCAAGCUCAUAACCUACGGCACGGUGAUGGGCGGCCUUCUGUCCGAGAAGUUCCUCGACACCAAUGUGUCGAUCCCUUUCGCUGGACCCCCUCUGAACACCCCAUCGUUGCAGAAGUAUAAGAGGAUGGUUGAUGCUUGGGGCGGCUGGAGCCUGUUUCAGGCUUUGCUUCAGACCUUAAAGAAGGUGUCGCUGAAACACGGCGUUCCUAUCUCGACUGUCGCUGUCAGAUACAUUCUGAACCAGACAUCCGUGGCGGGCUCGAUGGUGGGCGUGAGGCUGGGCCUCUCGGAGCACAUCCGGGACACCAACGCCAUACUGUCACUCGAGCUGGACGAGGAGGACAUGGGCAGCAUCGCAGAGGCGUCGAGUCGGGGCCGGAACCUGAUGGACAUCAUCGGAGACUGCGGCGACGAGUACAGAGCCUAGUGACAGAUGGCUGGGGAUUCGGAUGAGAUCCCCAACAUGUGUUGUAGCUUCUUCUACCCCACGAUGAUACUGUAUCCAAAAAAUGGAAAAGUUUUUGAUGACUAAUAAAUCAUGGAAAAGUUCCAGAGGCAUGGAGACAGGCAGACAGGAAGGAUCAUGUGCUCACACCGAAAGGGCCGAGGGAUGUGGAGAGAUCGCCCUCGGUAGGAAGCAUAUCUCGUUCUCGGAGACCGGUCAGGAUAAUGUAUUUUAAUUUUGUGGAGAACGUGUAAAGUUAACUGAAUCAUCAUGCCGAUGAUGAUAGUUGGCAUAGAAUUGUCUGUUACGCCUCUGGCCGAGAGAAUACAUUGCCUCUGGACAAGUGUGUGGCUUGCUAAAUACCUCGGCCCUUGGGUCUGAGCACAUGAUUAUCGCGCAA